CACAAACGCGUUUGCCUUGAACGAAGAAGCAGCACCAUCGGCAAUAUUAACAAAUAAGUAGACAAGGAGAUUUGUAAAAUUACUAAUUUGUCCAUUCGGAGAAUAUCAACAAGUGCAUUAGAGAUUAGCAUUAAAGUUAAUUAGUGCAAAAAAAAUGUGUAGAAACGCUUUCGUUAUUGCUUUACUUAUAAUUGCUACCUGCCAAUUUUCAACGCUACAUGCGGGUCGCACAUCAGGACGUCGUGGUUAUUAUGGAGGCUAUCAACCAACGCCACCACCUACCACAGAACCACCACAAACACCGAAAGAAUAUUUAGAUAAAAACUCUAGUUAUUCUACUUUCGGUGUAAUCGCAAUAAUAUUCUUCAUUAUUAUGGCUUGUUUGAUAUUCUACUAUGGCAUACUAUGUUAUCCGUUUUUGUGUCGCGAGGAGAAAAAAUAUAGUUAUAUGGAUGCGUCAUCGACCAUAACUUCAGCCACAUCGCAUUCAAUACAAUCUAUAGAGAACUUUCCGGUCGAUCAAAAGCACUGAGACAACCUCAACGUAGCGGGAGGUCGUCAUGUAACUAUGUAGUGUGUAAGAAACGCUGUUGCGAAAUCGUUUCCAAGAAGUUUAGGCAGCUAAAAAGACUACAGAAUUUUUUCUACUCUUUCGCAUUUAUGAAUUUAAUUAUUUUUACAACAAAAUGUGGUUAAGGUUUGGUAACAAAAAACUAAUUUAAUUUAUGUAUGAUUACAUACAUAUUAAAUGAGUGUUUAAGUAAUACUGACAAGAACGUACUCUGUUAACUGCAGUUACAAUAAGAAUUCAAACUAUCCUUUGUUUAAUCUUUUGAGGUUUUUUGUGGUAUAUUAAAAACUUACUGCCAGUUUGAAUAGUGCUGAAGUGCACGUAUAUAGCAGCGUGACUCCAUUUAAGUAUUUUUAAAAAUAGAAUAUUCUUGCCUUUUUACAUUGAUGUUAACACAUUUCCAGGUUGUGUGCAACUCAGACGUGUACUUAAAAAUACUAAAACCUGAAAUAAAAAUAUCUUAAAAUGAAAUAUCCCCAUAUUUUUAAGAUAAUUUUCCAAAAUAAAAAACCGAAUACCCUCAAAUAAAAAGUUAACAAUAUCCUGAAAACGGUUCUCGAAUUAUCACAAAAUCCUGUGCUCACAAGAUCAAAUAUUUUAAGCAUCCUAUAUCGGAAUAGCGAAUAAUAUACAUAAGUUUAUAUAAGUAGUUUUACUAACAAAAGUAUACAACCUUCACACCCUUUUUGUUGUAAGUUCUUAGCAUUUAUAAGCAACAAAAAAUUUAUCGGGCCAAAACUUAAAGCUCAAAUGACAUGCCAAUUAAUUUGACACUUUUUAUACAUUUGCAUUUUUACCAUAUACUUAAAAAUAUACAAAUCUAGAUAUAUACAAAAUCUAGCAUAGUUAUAGUGUAGCAUGUAGUUUGUUUAUAAAGACGUGUGCGAAUACGUAUUUUUAUAGCACUUUUUUACAUAAACAUUUUAUAUAAAUAAAUAUACAUUUUGUCAUACUAUCCAACUUUUAUAAUAAAAAUGUGUUUUCUACAAUUU